CUCGACGCCUACACAACAUCCGUCCUUUCCCUAAUGAAGCUAAAAACAAGGAUACGAUGAAUGCAAAAUAGAAGGGUUUUCAAGACAUUGCAGGUUCGCCUGUAAAUUGUCUCAGUAUCUAAAUGAAAGUACAUAUUAUUCUUAUUAAAAAAUCUCGCAUUUGAGUUCACACAGACAAAAGGCACAGGACGCGCCAACUCGUGAUUCCGUAAUACAAGCGGCUUUCUGUCAAUACUGAUAUAAGUAUCCUUGAAACUGUCAACACAAAGUGUGGGAUACCCCCACAGCUAUAAAUAGCACCAAUCUGUCCAAACGGCUAUCAGAACUAAUUUCUUAGGCCCAUAGAGCAUCACACGAAUAUCACGAAGCUCACUUAGAAUGGAAGAUGUCUACCAGACGUUCCCCGAACAACCAACAGCUCAAGAAGCUAGCAUUAGCGGAAACGUCCCUGCCUGGAUCAAGGGGAAUCUCCUACGAAAUGGCCCCGGCGUUUACGAGAUAGGCAAAGAGCACUAUAAUCACUGGUUUGACGGCUUAGCUGUGCUGCACAAUUACAAGAUAGAAGAGGGAAAAGUAACCUAUAACAGUCGAUAUCUGCGAAGCCAUGCGUUUGACGAAGCCCAGUCCAAGAAUGGAAUUGUCUACGCCGAAUUUGCAACGCCUAUUCCUCCUGACCCAUGCAAGAACAUCUUCGCGCGAUUUUUCUCCUAUUUCGUGCCGCCCAAAAGAACGGACAACUGCUCUGUGAAUGUCGUAGCUCUCAAAGGGAAGACAUAUGCAGUGAGCGAUUCGCCUUUCUUGAUCGGAUUUGAUGAAAAUUCGCUCCAAGUGCUGAGCUCCUACAAUAUGCGAAAAGACCUCCAAGGCCCCAUCCGCAUGUUUUCCCUCACCCCCCACCCCCACGAGGACGAGCACGGUUACGUGUAUAACGUAGCCGUUACUAUGGACAAGGGUACUCGGUUUAAUAUAGUGAAGAUACCGCCAGACCCCAAGCGAUCGCUUCCUGGAGAAAGCACAUGUCAUCCGAUGGAGGGGCUGAAGGUGCUAGCCUCCUUCCAGCCCAAGAACAAACUCUGCUACUACCACAGCUUCGCGAUGACACCUAACUACUUCGUGUUCAUUGAGAACCCCUUUGUUGUGAACGUGUUUGCACUACUUACAAUGAAAGUAAAAGGUCGGUCUUUUCACGACUGCAUGAAGUGGGACGCCACACAGCCUUCCCGGUUCUACCUGGUUGAGCGCAAGUCAGGCAAAUGCAUCGCACGCUACGACGCUGACUGCUUCUUCAGCUUUCACCACGUGAACGCGUUCGAGAGCGACGCGGACGUGUUCGUGGACAUCGUGUGUUACCCCGACGCGCGCAUCGUGUACCAGUACUACCUACACCACUUGCGCACCAAACCAGAGCACGAGAUCUCCAAGGGCUACGCCGACCCCGCGCUCAGACGGUACCGCAUUCCCAUUCCUACAACUCAUGCCCCCAAGUCGAAGAGAAAGAAGAGUUUUCAGCAGUACAAGAUGCCCAAAUACUCAGAUGAUCGCGACUACAAGCUGUUGUACUAUGGCAUAGAGUUACCGCAGAUAAACUAUCAGUUUGCCAACGGGAAACCCUACCGAUACGUGUACGGAGUUGGGCCGAGACGAAGGGGAGACUUCCUUAAUCAGAUAAUUAAGGUGGACGUACUGGCUAAAAAUGCGAAGUUCUGGUACGAGCAAGACUGCUAUCCCUCUGAACCCGUCUUUAUUGCCGCGCCGCGAGCCGAGGAAGAAGACGAAGGCUGCGUGGUGUCCGCUGUGGUCGGCACCAAGGGAAAGAAAUCAUUCCUCCUCUUCCUGGACGGCAAGACUUUUAAGGAACUCGCACGAGCAGUAGUCGACUGUCCAAUCGCGUACUCCCUACAUGGGAUGUUUAAAAGCAAGUAUGGACUCACCCCGGGUCUUAAAAGAGCCUGGGCCGAGAUAUGAGACCGGAAGGUGAUUUUAACGAAAGUUGUUGUCUUUACUCGUCUUAGAGGAGAAUAACGUUUUGUCGAAGGCUUAGCACUUUAUCUGUAAAGGGUUACAGAUGCGGGUUUAAGAUCCACGCGUUAGGAGAAAUAUAGGAUGUGGUAAACACU